AUGGCCGAAAACUUCUCAUCAGUGCCGGUUCUGGACUUUCAGGAUGCAAUUUCGCCCGACACUAAAGCCAAGUUUUUAUCUCAGCUUCGACAUGCGCUUGUGGAUAUUGGGUUCUUCUAUUUAAGGAAUCCCCCGAUAACCGAAGAAACACGAAGGGAGUUCUUGGAGAAAUCAUUGGCGUUUUUUGAUUUGCCUCUUAGCAUGAAGCAUGAAAUCGAUAUGCCGAAGUCCAAGUAUUUUAAAGGAUAUACUGGACCUCGUCAGGAAAAAACGGCUGCCGAGAAGGAUGAAAGGGAAUCACUCACGCUUGGUCUCUUCGGAAUUGAAGAAUCCUCAUCGGAAGAUCAAGUUUUACCCGGGGCCUCAGGUUGUUGUCUGGUGGGGCCAAAUCAGUGGCCUGAAGAGAACACUGUUCCUGGAUUUCAACCAAGUGUCGAAACAUAUCUAUCCGAAAUUCAAACCGUGUCGGAACUUUUCACAAUUUUUAUCGCAGAAGCUCUCGAUCUCGACCCAGCCGUCUUCAGCAAGUUCUUCCACGUACCCCGUCUGAACGCGAUGCGAUUAUCCUGUUACCCAUCUCCAUAUGACCUGGAUCCUAACCAGACGGAGUUCCAAGGCGUGGGCCCUCAUAAAGAUGGCUCUUUCUUGACAUUCCUAUUACAAGGAACCGAGCAUUCUAGCCUUGAAGUCCAAACCAAAUCCGGUUCUUGGAUUGCAGUACCACCGAUCCCCAAUACAUUGGUGAUCAACAUCGGGCGCUCAUUGGAGGCAAUGACCCAUGGAGUUUGCGUUGCUACCACUCACCGGGUAAGCCUCACCCGCGAGCAGUAUCAAGGACCCAACAAUGAAAUGCUCGGCAAGCGUAUCAGCGCCGCAUUUUUCCAGUACCCCAGUUCCAGCGUCACACCGGAACAUCUCUUGUUGGAUAUACCACCUCAUAUUUUGGCUCUACGGAAGGAUAGCAAGUCAGACGCUGAGACAUUCUUCGAGGGCCUUUUCAAAACAAGUUAUAACGACGCUAUUUUAACCAAUGCGCUUACUAGCCACCCAGAAGUAGGCGCAAGAUGGUAUCCAAAUGAGCUAGCCGCUGCUCUCAGGAAGCAGAAUGAAGGCAAGCAGCUCGACGAUGUGACCCUGAAGAAGAGUGCAGCUGUUCAUUAG